CUUUACUCAUCAUUCAAACUUCAAUUACAGACUAUUAUGAAGAACAACUUAAACAUCUUUGCAAUAAAGGAAAUGGCGCAAACCUUGAUGAAUUAGUGAAAGUUGGGCAAGUUAGCCGACAGUUGCAUUUAUGA